ACAUACAACACCAGCCCAAACCGCAAAAACUUUCUUCUUCUUCUUCUUCUUCAAGAAAAAGCUUUGCAAAACCACCCAUAUACUUGCUCGGGAACUCAGACGCUCAUUGAAAAUGGAAUUCAUUUCCGAAGCAGGCACACACAACCACGCCGACGCCUCCACUCUAAUCCUGCCGGCGCUGUCGAUCGGAAAUGUGGGCCAGCUCGCCGUGGAUCUCUUAGUCGCGUCGACGAAGGCGGAGAGAGUCGGGUUUCUGGAUAGUCCGUAUGUCCUUCCAUGUGUUGGCAACGAUGCAUAUGGGCCUGUUCCUCAAGGCCACCUUGCUCUUCCUCUUGAAGCUUAUGAAUCGGCUUCUAAUGGAAUGGCUUUAAUCCAGCAAAGGUCACCUGUUGUUAAGGGUAGGAUGAUUGAGUUUGCUAAGAAGUUGGCUGAUUAUGUUGCUGCCAGUGGGAAGAAGCAUGUGAUUGUGCUUUCGAGCUUGGACUUUGGGAGGUGGCAGAGAAUUGAUAUGUCAAGUGGUUCCCAGAUGCAUUACCUAUCUAGUAGCAAUGCCGAUGGAACAGAUGAUUACUGCGAAAAGCUUGGGUGGAAAAGACUUCAGGAUUAUAACCCCAAUCAGAGGUCAUGGAAGUAUCUUAACACAUUAGCUGAUGGCAAUGCCAUGCCAGAGGACAGCUUACCUUUUGAAGGUGAAUUGGAAGAAGAAGAAUACUACUACCCAAGCUUGCCUUUUGCAGCUCUCUUUUCUUCCUUCAAGGCAAAAGGAUUGAAGGUCACCUGUAUAUUAUGCUACUGCUCAGAAGGAGACAACACACCUGAUGCUUUCCAUUUAGCUGAAGCAGCAUGCAAACUUCUGGGUGUGAGUCCCAGUAAUUUCCAUGGCAACACUGAUAAUUGGCUUAUUCCAAUUUCUUGGAAGACUGUGUAUGGACCACCUGCAGAUAUGUCUCUCUUUUAAGCAGGAGUAGGAUUCCUCUUAUCUGAGACUUUUGUAGGUACACUGGAGGCGUUUUUUCUUGGACUAGAAAUUGAAGGCGUUUUCAAAGGCUGACAAGAUUUGGGCAGAUGGGAGGUCAUUACCUGUUCAGAAGCUCAAUUUCGUGUCACCUCCAGCAAUGUCGUUUUGUAAUUCCUUGUUCCUCAUUAUCGGCUUUGAAUACAUAGAUGGGAUCAUGAGCCAAGAUAUAUCUUUAGUGUUAGCUUAUUCAGUGUAGUUGUGCCGUCCCCCAACUGACAGUGAUGUGUGGCAUUAGGUAGCACUUCUUUAAUUGGCAAUUUGUCAUUUGACAGAAAUCUCAUAUUUAAUUUACUCUACUGAGGUAUAUGCCAAGUGAGAUAGCCUCAAAUCAGAAUUCA